AUGACCCAGUCUGCAAGACAAACCAAACAGGUGGAUUAUGAGAAAUCCUGGUUGCUGGAAAAGGAAAUGAAUGAAAAAAUGUCCAAACUAGUGGAAUCAUCCGAAACACUCAUCCAAAAACUCAAAAAGGAUCUUUCCGCCGAGAAACAAGAAAAAGAAAUAUACAAAUAUCAAUACAAUGAGCUCAAGAAGCAAGUGCAUUUGCUGACGUUUGAGAAGAAGAAGUUGCAAUCAAAGAUUCAAGGAUUGAAGGAGAAUGACUCAGCUGAUACUGUAACUUUGGAAUCCAAAAGUGACAAAAAGAAAGAUAAGGAAAUUCUACAGUUAACAAAUCAUUGUGAAGCGUUGAAGCACUUUAGCCAUUCAAAUCUAUCGUUGAAGGACAAAACAAUUGAAAAUUUGAAGAGUCGUAUUGAUGAUAAUCUGAAGAAGACGAGAAAAAUGUCGGGAGAACUGAAAGAAAAAGAUGCAGAGAUUCAGAAACUUAAGGAAUCAGAAGGCUUUUAUAUUCGGAGAAUGAAAGCGAUGAAGAGAGAUUUGGAAGAUAUCAGAAAAAAAGAUUCUGGCUUGAAAGAUUCUGAUGAUCAUCCAAUGGAAGUUGAAUGUGUUGAGGAUUCGCAAAGUGUCAAGCAUUUUGAAAAGGUUAACGGUCGUCAGGGCGUCAAGGAUUCUGAAGGCGUCGCGAAGGAACAUUCUAAUGUUGUGACUGAAUAUCAAUCGAUUGACGUUGAACGCAUCAAUGGAACACAUGCUGUAGACGUCGACAGCGUUCUGGAAAUUGCUUCACUCAAAUCUGAAGUUGAUCUUCUCCGUCAAGCCUACGAUAAUAUCACAAAAGAGAAGGACCAAGAAAUUGCUCAACUUCAGGGGCAAUACGAAAUGUCCAGCAAUACCUGCAUACGUUUAAAUGAGAUUCUCAUUCACGUUCAGUCAACGGGGCAAAUUCCCAACUGGUACAGAUUUUGA